AUGCUGCCACGUGUAAAGGGUAGAGGAAAGGGUCCCAUGAGAGGGGGACCAUCUAGUCAAGCAGGACCCUCUCAUCGACGUACGUCUUCUGCUUCGUUCAGCUCCGAUCUGUAUGACGAUUGGAGGCAUUCUCUCGAACCAGCGAGACGAUCCGUUUCUCUUAGCACCUCACCUUCCUACCAUCACUCUUUCGGGCCGCCACAACCAGACGAGCCCCAACAUUCGCAUCACUCGCAGCAUUCGCUGCACUCACACCAUUCCCACCACUCUUAUCACCCCUCAUCACAUCAUUCUGCUUCCCAUCACUCUUACUCACAGGGUUACUUUAACCCUGAUGAUUAUAUCAAUUCGCCAGCGGGAUUUAACCCGUUGGGCCCUGAUGAGAACUUCUUGCAAGACAUGGAUUUGGAUGAAGAUCCGGAUCCAGAAAUGCCACCUUCUGGGACGCCUACGCAUCCCAUAGAUAUCUCUAGCGGUUCUUCCUUUGCGGGAUCUCCUUAUCAAGGUCCCCAUAAUUAUAAUGAAUGGUGGGGGCAGUGGAAGUUUGCAAACAGCCCUUCAUACCACAACACCCCACCACAGCCACCAUUAAAGGAGCCGCACUUUCAAGCGGUGACACCACCACCUCUACCAGCCGAGGAACCACCUUUGCCACCUCCCAAACCACCAAUACGGAGGAGAAACGCACGCAUAUCCGUGCGAGGGGGACCAAGGAUUAGCUCUCCUCAAGCUUCUAGCAACUACCCUCCGAUUCCAGAAGAUCCACAAAUGGGUGGACCUUCACAUGCUGCGCCGGAAAUCGAUACCACACCGGCCACCUUUGCACCACCGCCACCUCCAAUGGGUUUUGAAAACCCAUUCCGACCUACCCAGAAAUGA